AUGAAUGGCUGUGAGGAGGGCGUGGAGUUCUUGCCGGUCAACAACACCAAGAAGGUGGAGAAGCGCGGCCCCCGGCGCUGCGUGGUGCUGCUGGCCCUGUUCGUGGGCUUCCUGUUGCUUUCCCUCAUGACCGGGCUGCUGGUGUGGCACUUCCACUUUCGGAAUGUGCGGGUCCAGAAGGUCUUCAAUGGCUACCUGAGGAUCACAAAUGAGAACUUUCUGGAUGCCUAUGAGAACCCAAACUCCACAGAGUUUGCAAACCUGGCAAGCAAAGUGAAGGAAGCACUGGCGCUGUUGUACAGCAAGAUCCCGUCUCUGGGCCCCUAUCACAGGCAGUCGGCCGUCACUGCCUUCAGCGAGGGCAGUGUCAUCGCCUACUACUGGUCAGAAUUCAGCAUCCCGCAGUAUCUGGUGGAGGAGGCUGAGCGCGCCAUGGCCCAGGAGCGUGUGAUCACGCUGCCACCCCGUUCCCGUGCCUUGAACAACUUCGAGCUGACCUCCGUGGUGGCCUUCCCUGCGGACCCCAGGACAAUACAGACCACCCAGGAUAACAGCUGCAGCUUUGCUCUCCAUGCCCGAGGGAGGGAGCCCAUCCGCUUCGCCACGCCUGGCUUCCCCAACAGCCCCUACCCGGCGCAUGCCCGCUGCCAGUGGACCCUGCGGGGAGACGCCGAUCACAUGCUGAGCCUCACCUUCCGCAGCUUCGACGUCGCGCCCUGCCAGGGCAAGGGCAGUGACCGUGACCUGGUCACCGUGUAUGAUAGCCUGAGCCCUGUGGAACCCCGUGCUUUGGUGGAGCUGUGCGGCACCUACCCUCCCUCCUACAACCUGACCUUCCUCUCCUCUCAGAACGUUUUGCUCGUCACGCUGAUUGCCAACACGGAGCGGCGACACCCUGGCUUUGAGGCCAUGUUCUUCCAGCUGCCUCGAAUGAGCAGCUGUGGAGGCUACUUGCAGGGAUACAGCGGGACGUUUACCAGCCCCUUCUAUCCUGGCCACUACCCACCCAACAUCAACUGCACAUGGGACAUCCAGGUGCCCAGCAGCCGGAACGUGAAGGUGAUCUUCAAAGCCUUCUACCUGCUGGAGCCCAGUGUCCCUCUGGGCACCUGCACCAAGGACUAUGUGGAGGUCAACGGGGAGAAGUACUGUGGAGAGAGACCCCAGUUUGUGGUCGCCAGCCAGAGCAACAGAAUCACCGUUCGCCUGCAUUCGGAUCAGUCGCACACCGACACGGGCUUCUUGGCCGAAUACCAGUCCUAUGACUCCAGCGACCCGUGCCCGGGGAAGUUCAUGUGUAAAACGGGGCGAUGCAUCCGGAGCGAGCUGCGCUGCGAUGGCUGGGCCGACUGCACAGACUACAGCGAUGAGCUCAAGUGCCAAUGCAAUGCCACCUACCAGUUCACGUGCAAGAACAAGUUCUGCAAGCCCCUUUUCUGGGUCUGUGACAAUGUGAAUGACUGCGGGGACAACAGCGAUGAGCAGGACUGCAGUUGUCCAGCUGAGACAUUCAAGUGUAACAAUGGGAAGUGCAUCCCGAACAGCCAGCAGUGUGACAGGAAGGACGACUGUGGAGACGGGUCAGAUGAAGCCAAAUGCACCAGCGUGAGCUUCGUCACCUGCACCAAACAUACCUAUCAGUGCCGCAACGGACUCUGUUUGAGCAAGAGCAACCCUGAGUGUGAUGGGGAGAAGGACUGUAGUGACGGCUCAGAUGAGAAGGACUGUGACUGUGGGCUGCGGUCGUUCACCCGGCAGGCUCGGGUCGUUGGGGGCGAGAAUGCAGAUGAAGGCGAGUGGCCCUGGCAGGUUAGCCUCCACGCCCAGGACCAGGGCCACGUGUGCGGGGCGUCGCUCAUCUCGCCCAACUGGAUGGUGUCGGCAGCUCACUGCUACGUGGACGAGAGAGGAUUCAGUUACUCUGACCCCCAAAAGUGGAAGGCCUACCUCGGCCUGCACGACCAGAGAAAGCGCACCGCUCCCGGGGUGCAGAAGCUAGGGCUCAAGCGCAUCAUCCGUCACCCCUCCUUCAACGACUUCACCUUCGACUAUGACAUCGCGCUGCUGGAGCUGGAGAAGCCCGCGGAGUACAGCAGCACCGUGCGCCCCAUCUGCCUGCCCGACACCUCGCACUCCUUCCCCACGGGCAAGGCCAUCUGGGUGACCGGCUGGGGUCACACGGAGGAGGGAGGCUCCGCGGCCGUGAUCCUGCAGAAGGGCGAGAUCCGCGUCAUCAACCAGACCACCUGCGAGAAGCUGCUCCCGCAGCAGAUCACCCCACGCAUGAUGUGCGUGGGCUACCUCAGCGGGGGCGUGGACGCCUGCCAGGGCGAUUCUGGGGGCCCCCUGUCCAGCGUGGAGGCGGAUGGCCGGAUCUUCCAGGCGGGUGUGGUGAGCUGGGGUGACGGCUGCGCGCAGAGGGACAAGCCAGGCGUGUACACCAGGCUCCCUGUGUUCCGGGACUGGAUUAAAGAGCAGACUGGGGUGUAGAGGCAGGGACUUCACUCCGCGCCAGCAGCGCGCACGCCCGAGGGCUGAGAACUGGAUCGCUAACGGCACCCCGCUCCAGGCCCCCUGAACCCAGACUGUGAACUGAGUUCCCCGGACUCUGAAAAUGGUGAAUUAGCCUGGAGAGCCCCACACCUCCUGCUCCUGCACUGCGCCCACGGGAGGUGAACAGGGGCCACCGGCAGUGCCGGGCACGACGGUGCUUUGAAGACACCGCAGCCCUCUCCAGGGCAAAGCCUUGCCGAGCCUCUCUGUCCUCAAGGUCUGCCUCUGCCGCCAUGUGAAGGCAGCGGCACUGUUGCCUCUGGGAGCCUCAGGUGGGGUCACUGGGAUGCUGUGGACCCCUGGGGUAGGCUGGCAGGAAACCCAGGCCAGAAGGACACUAAAUGACUGUGUCGGAGUCUCAGAUAGAAAUUGUU